AUGUCUGGCUCUACGCCUCAAAGAACAUCUCUCCGACGUAAGAGCCUCUUCCAGAAUGUCAAAGUCAACCGUGCUAAUACAAAAGCAGAGGGCUUGCGCCAGGCGCCCAAAGUCAACCAACCAUUCAUCCCCGACACAGCCCCUUCUCGCCGCUCGCACCAUCAAAGCUUCACGUCUCCGCCUCCCUCCAUGUCCCCUCAUAUGAGCCUCAACCCGGCGGCCAACCUCCACAGUGCAAGCUUCGCGGUCGAAAGCUGGGAUGGAAAAGGCCAGACACAAUUGCCAAUGUCAACCCGAGAGGUGCCGACACCAGGAAAUCGACCCACCCUUUUUGCCAAUCUCUAUGACCGGAAUAAGACUGCCAGACAGCCUGACUUUUACGACCCUUACUUUCCUUUGAAGUUUCUUGAAGUCCCGCGCACGGACCACAUUUACAAACGUGCACACUAUGGCCUCCAGUCAGGCAUUCCAGAUGAAGUCGAUUUUGCGCUAUACCAUCUCGUCCAGAUUUCCAAUCAGCGGUGGGAUAAGUUCAAGUUUGAGGGCUUUCCGUUGCUUGCCGAAACCCUGAUGAUGAAGGCGCUGGACGUCACAUACCUUUGCACUGGCGUGCGAUGGGAAUUCGAAUAUGACCCCAGAAAUCUAUCCGACCGGGUCAACGUGUUGAAUUCGCUUCACGGUACACGGGAUGUCCUCGAGAGAAUCCGGAAGAUCCCAACGAACCUUCCAAGUGACACCCUGGAAACUUACGAAUUUAACCACCAAAUUCGAAACAUCAAGGAGGCGACUCUGGUGCUGAGGAAUAUGGUGUUGCUCAAGGAAAAUGCUUUUUACGUCUCGCGCUACGCAAGUGGUUUGCUCCGAGACUUUUUGGUCAUCCUUAUGAACACACCAAACCAGCCUCGCUUCAAUGAGAUUAAGAACGAUGCUCUCGAUAUUGCGGAGGAAGUGACCAAGUUCAUGAGAACCGAUUCCAAAGAUCCGCUCUGGGUCUCCCUGGUCAACUGUUUGGAUUCCACAGAUCGCGCCCAUAUUGUGCGGGCACUCUGGGCUUUGACGCAUUUCUCCACCGAGCUCCAGGAUGAAGAUGGCACACGGGCCAUGGAAAGCCUGUCGAAAUCUACUUUACAACAGUUGUAUUACCACACACUACUGGACCUCGACAAGGACAUCCUGAGCGGGGCGCUGGAUGUAUGGUACCAAUACACGCUCAGCCAUGACAACAUCGAGACUCUCAUGGAUGUAAUCAAUUUCCCCAUCGUCUUUGUUCCUCGCAUGAUCGCACUCUUGACUUAUGAGGCCCGGCCCACCAAGCACGAAACUGUUCUCCAAGAAGAGAAGAUUGCUCCGGCGCCUUCCGAUAUUCCUCGAGUGCCCCCGGAGCUUUUGGAGAAACUGAUGGAACUUUCAGAACCGGAGCGGAGCUCACAGUGGCUUCGCUGCUGCUUCGUCGAGGAUGCGGAUUGUGAGAUCACUCAGAUUGCUCUGUGGCAAGCCUAUCAAAGUCGAUUUGCGGACCAGCGUGUCCCUGGAGGUGGAGUGCUCCCUGCAGCGGAGUUCAUCAAGAACGUCAGCAAUACCUUCACCAAUGCUCAAGCUCAGGUGAUCAACGGCCCGGGAACUGCUACGAAGUUCAUCAUCAAGGGCAUCCGGCCUCUCGAGACUGCCUAUACCUUUGAUGGCUUCCCCUACUGCUAUUGCAAAUGGGCGGAUAACUCCAAGCCAUCGAAGAUGUGCCUGCGCGCCUUCACAUCUCCAAACGACCUUCGCAGCCACGUUUUCACCGACCAUAUGCACCUGGAACCCUCAGAGACACCGGGCGAGUUUAAGACGGAAGCUGCCGAAACUCCCAUUCAUACCUGUCAAUGGAGCAACUGCACGCGAUUCCGGGCUUCUGGGCCUAGUUCCAAUACUGCCAUGGUCGCUGGUCAUGUCUCCUCCCACCUUCCUGAAAACCGACCUGCGGACGCACCUCCGCCCAGCACCAAGCGUGCUGUUCUCCAAGAGCGCAUCGUCCGCAAAUGGUACUACAUGGAUACCCCCAUCAACGAGAAGCACGAGCCCAUCGGUGUGGCCUACAAGGCUGCUCUGGUCCUGCGCAACAUCGCACGUGGCCUCCCCAAACGCACCGCGCCUAAGCAUGGCGGUCUGUCAUGGAAGAAGGCAUGCUUCGUGAGUCAACGUCCCAAGAUCGUGGAGGUCUGGGACCGAAACCGUGCACUACGGAAGGAGUUGACCGAGUUGAUCAUGGUCAUCGAGAAGGAAGACGAUUACUGA